CGUGAGUGCGGGCGCGCGCCGCCGCCCCCCGCCGGGGUCGGAGCCGGUUGCCAUGGGAACGCGCCGCGGCCCGAGUUAAUCAUUUCCUGUGGAAAGUGUGCGGGAGGGGCGCGAGCGGGCUGGCCGAGGAGGAGGCGGCGGCGUGGAGCUGCCUCCUGCCGGCGGGCCGGGCCGGGCCGAGCCCCGGGCGCUGCGGCGACGCCUGGAUCCUGCCUCCGCCAGGCCGGCUGCCUGGUGCCCCGAGGAGGCUGCUGAGCCCCAGGCCAUGGUCCCCUCUCGCAGGACGUGGAACCUGGGAGCCACGCCCUCGCUGCGGGGCCUGUGGAGAGUGGGCCGGGCCCCGGAGCCCGAGCGGGGGAUGGCUCGCCCCGCCCCAGCCCCAGCCAGCCCGGCCGCCCGCCCUUUCCCACACACCGGCCCGGGGAGGUUGAGAACUGGGCGUGGAAAAGAUACCCCAGUCUGCGGUGACGAGGACUCCAGUGCCCGAAGUGCAGCUCGCCCAGCCCUAGCUCAGUGCCGAGCCCUUAGCGUGGACUGGGCUGGCCCCGGAAGCCCCCACGGGCUCUACCUGACCCUGCAGCAGGCCCUGCAGGACAAGGGGUGCAAGAGCCAGAGUCAGGGGACGAAAGAAGAGAAGCUUUGGAAGAGACAGGCGCCGGCCCCCAGGCGGGCCCGGGAGGCCCGGGAAGCUGGUGGCACCAUGAAUGUAGAGAAUACAGGUGGGCGUCUCUUUGGCAGCAGGAGGUGCUCGAGCUUGUCGGGGCCACCAGGUGCAGCCCCCAUGGUGCUUAGGAUGGUGGAGGCCAUGUCCCAGCUCCAGGAGGAGAAGGCCCAGCUACAGGAGGAGCUGGUGGUCCUACAGGAGAGGCUGGCCCUCCGCGACAGUGACCAGCAGGCCACGUCCGCCCAGCUGCAGAACCAGCUUGCAGAGGCCUCCCAUCCUGGUCCUCCUUGUGCCCCAUCUCCUUGCGGUUACCAGGGGCCAGGACCUUCCCCACUAGGAGGUGACGUAGACGUGAGUGGAGCAGGAAGGUGUGGGGUGCUUCCCACCCUGAGUCCACCCCAUCUUCGACGGUGCCCUGCACUGGGCAGCCUGAGCGGACAAAACUCAUCAGAUGGUCACCCCACAGGAGAUUGGCAUGACGUUUCUUGUUCUUUUGAUUUCUCGUUAAAGGUGGAUGCUAGUUUGAGUGCAUGUUGGGGAAGGGAUCUCUCAACCUCUGGAAGCCAGGGAGAGCCAGGGUUCAUGCAGGUAGAACACCUGAAGGAGAAGCUCAUUAGCCAGGCCCAGGAAGUGAGCCGACUGCGAUCUGAGCUGGGGGGCACCGACUUGGAGAAGCACCGGGACCUGCUGAUGGUAGAGAAUGAGCGACUGAGGCAGGAGAUGCGGCGCUGUGAGGCCGAGCUGCAAGAGCUGCGCACAAAGCCAGCAGGUCCCUGCCCAGGUUGUGAGCACAGCCAGGAGAGCGCCCAGCUCCGUGACAAGCUGUCCCAGCUGCAGCUGGAGAUGGCGGAAAGCAAAGGCAUGCUGUCAGAGCUGAACCUAGAGGUGCAGCAGAAGACCGACCGGCUGGCUGAGGUGGAGCUGCGGCUCAAGGACUGCCUGGCUGAGAAGGCACAGGAGGAGGAGCGGCUCAGUCGGCGCCUGCGUGACAGCCACGAGACCAUUGCCAGCCUGCGGGCCCAGUCCCCACCUGUCAAGUAUGUCAUCAAGACAGUGGAGGUGGAGUCGUCCAAGACCAAGCAGGCCCUCAGCGAGUCCCAGGCCCGGAACCAGCACCUGCAGGAGCAGGUGGCUAUGCAGAGGCAGGUGCUGAAGGAGAUGGAACAGCAGCUGCAGAGCUCACACCAGCUGACCGCGCGGCUCCGGGCGCAGAUUGCCAUGUACGAGUCAGAGCUGGAGCGGGCCCAUGGGCAGAUGCUGGAGGAGAUGCAGUCCCUGGAAGAGGACAAGAACCGGGCCAUUGAGGAGGCCUUUGCCAGAGCCCAGGUGGAGAUGAAGGCUGUGCACGAGAAUCUAGCAGGCGUCCGGACCAACUUGCUGACCUUGCAGCCGGCACUGCGGACCCUCACCAACGACUACAAUGGGCUCAAGCGGCAGGUGCGCGGCUUCCCACUGCUGCUGCAGGAGGCCCUCAGGAGCGUCAAGGCCGAGAUAGGCCAGGCCAUCGAGGAGGUCAACAGCAACAACCAGGAGCUGCUGCGCAAGUACCGCCGCGAGCUGCAGCUGCGUAAGAAGUGCCACAAUGAGCUCGUGCGGCUGAAAGGGAACAUCCGAGUGAUUGCUCGUGUCCGGCCAGUCACCAAAGAGGAUGGGGAAGGACCUGAGGCCACCAACGCUGUGACUUUCGAUGCCGACGACGACUCCAUCAUCCACCUGCUGCACAAGGGCAAGCCUGUGUCCUUCGAGCUGGACAAGGUCUUCUCCCCACAGGCCUCGCAGCAGGACGUGUUCCAGGAGGUGCAGGCCCUGGUCACCUCUUGCAUUGAUGGCUUCAAUGUCUGCAUCUUUGCGUACGGCCAGACGGGCGCCGGCAAGACAUACACGAUGGAGGGGACCGCUGAGAACCCAGGUAUCAACCAGCGGGCCCUGCAGCUGCUCUUCUCCGAGGUGCAGGAGAAGGCGUCUGACUGGGAGUACACCAUCACCGUCAGCGCUGCGGAGAUCUACAAUGAGGUCCUCAGGGACCUGCUAGGGAAAGAGCCUCAGGAAAAACUGGAGAUCCGGCUGUGCCCAGACGGCAGUGGGCAGCUGUAUGUACCAGGGCUGACUGAGUUCCAAGUGCAGAGCGUGGACGACAUCAACAAGGUGUUUGAGUUUGGCCACACUAAUCGCACGACCGAGUUCACCAACCUGAACGAGCACAGCUCCCGCUCGCAUGCGCUGCUCAUCGUGACGGUGCGAGGCGUGGACUGCAGCACAGGCCUCCGCACCACGGGGAAGCUGAACCUGGUGGACUUGGCUGGCUCGGAGCGCGUGGGCAAGUCGGGGGCCGAGGGCAGCCGCCUGCGGGAGGCGCAGCACAUCAACAAGUCGCUGUCGGCUCUGGGGGACGUCAUUGCUGCCCUGCGCUCCCGCCAGGGCCACGUGCCCUUCCGCAACUCCAAGCUCACCUACCUGCUGCAGGAUUCGCUUAGUGGUGACAGCAAGACCCUCAUGGUGGUACAGGUGUCCCCUGUGGAGAAGAACACUAGCGAGACGCUCUAUUCCCUCAAGUUUGCUGAGAGGGUGCGCUCUGUGGAGCUGGGGCCUGGGCUACGCAGGGCAGAGCUUGGGUCCUGGUCAAGCCAGGAGCAUCUAGAGUGGGAGCCGGCUUGUCAGACGCCACAGCCCUCGGCACGGGCCCACUCAGCCCCCAGCUCUGGGACCAGUAGCCGCCCUGGAUCCAUCCGGAGGAAGCUGCAGCCCUCAGCCUGACGGCUGGGGCUGCAGAGUCUCUAGGGAAGUCGCGGCCACUGCCUGUGUGACGGAUGUGACCCCGCUGGGCCUGAAGCUGGGCCCUGAGGUCUCACUGGCCUGUUCCUGCUGCAGCGCCAGGACCCCCGGAGGUAGAGGCGAGAGUGGAAGGCGAGAGUGGAGGCUCUUCUUCUGCCCCGUCUCCCCUCAGAGAUGAGAAACAUGUUCAGAAGGAAACGGUGUCUCUCGGCUGUGGCUCUGAGUGCAAAUUGCAUGGGCGGGAAGGCGGGGGUGGCUGCUCUUCCUGGCAGGCCUGGGCCAUCAGCGAACUGGGCCCCGUGAGGAGGGCGGGAGUGUGGAGGAGGGUGGGCCUCUCACCCAGGCUGCCUCGGCUCCUCUCCUCAGCUUGCAGAGCUGGCCAGCCCCCUCCUUAGGGGGUGGGCGAGGAGCCUCUGGGCAGACCCAAAAACCAUGGGGACUGGGGUGGGUUGGUGGCACCAAUGGCAGCCCUCCCCGCCCCUCUCCUUCAAGGAGGGUUCCCGCAGCUGGGGGGGUGUGCGGAGGCGCAUGGCCUCCCGCCAUGGGGCUGUGCCAUGUUUAUGGCUGGCAGAGGCAGCCAGCGGGUGGGGGAUUCUGCUGCUCGCUCACCUGCCUGGCUCGCUGGUCUCUUGAAUUUUCUUCCCUCUGAAAUCCUAUUUAAGAACUUUUGGAAGCUUAGCCAUUUUUACUUAUUAAAAUAAAAGCCUUUUUACACAA